AUGAAGGCCUCCGUCCUCUCGCUCGUCUUCCUGUCCGGCCUCGCCGCCGCCCAGAUCCCGGACUGUGCUACCGGCUGCGUCACCAAAUACACCACCGGCACGUCCAUCGCCGGCUGCGGACAGCUCGACAUUGCCUGCAUCUGCAAGAACGCCGACUUCCUCAACGGCAUCGCUUGCUGCCUGACCUCGGCGUGCGACAAGGACGGCCAGGCCGCGGCCGUUAAGUACGCCAAGCAGAUCUGCUCCUCCGCCGGCGUCUCGACUCCCGACAACGUGGUCUGCAACGAGAACUCGUCGAGCGCGACCGAGUCUGCCACUGCCACCAACGACGACUCGUCCUCGACCGCCACGACCGGCGCUUCUUCUGAGUCUAGCACUGCUGAGUCGUCGGAGACGGCUACCGCAGACAGCUCUUCUUCUGCCCCUGCCACGACAAACUCGGCUUCCCGAACCACCGGCUCUUCCGCGACUGGGACUUCGCAGACGGCUGCUUCGGCUUCGCAGACGAGCACCAACGUCGCCGCCCCGCUGGCUUCUGCCGGCAGCUUGGUGGGUGCCGCCAUUGCUGUGCUGGCCGCUGCCCUGUAA